ACAGUCUAGACUAGUCAAUAGUCAUUAACUGUAGUAAUUUUUUAUAUCGUAUUAGGUAUUAAUUAUUUAAUUAAGUUGUUUAGAAAUCAUAAAAUUAGGCAUCUCACCUUUUUAAAAUGGAAAAACUAAGACAUACCGUAUUGAAAAAUUUUAAAAGUCUGCAUCGAACUCGACUUAAAAUUUUCGAUGGGGACCAUAGGGCACUAACUGCAGCCAGACUAAAAAUAAACGAUGAAUAUAAGAAAAAUAAAGCAGUCAAAGAUGAAGAGGCAAUUAAAGCCAUGGUUAAGUUUAGUGAGGAAAUUGAAAAAGAACUGAAAACUCAAGUCAUACAAGCCCGAGAAGUCAAGCCUGGUGUGUUUGAGGCAAGGAUUACUGAAGACACUGUUAAGCUGGACAAUGUCAUGUUUGAUGAAAAUGCAGAAUUACCAAAAAGACGCAGAAAAAAUCAACAAUGUUGUCAGGACAUAAAAGAUAAAUAAUAAGAGAUGUUUAGAGUCUUAAGUAUAAUGUAGAUUGUAUAGGACAAAUGUCUAGAAAAAUCAUUUUGAGCUGUACCAUAAUAUUAUAUUGUUCAUAUAUGGUAA